UUAAAUUCGAAAUUGAAUAUCCAGAAAACUUUUUUAAAAUCAUUUAUUAGAAAACGAAGAUUUUUUAUACGAAGCAAACCCUAUGCCAAAAAUCACCAGAAUAUGUCAAUCAGAAUGUAAUUCAUAUCUUAUGAUGUUGCAAUCGCUGAUGGAGCAACCCAACAAGCAACUCGGCCAACGAACACCCCGGAGCCAAACUCAUUGCAAAUACAUACAAAUUGCUUGGGUUGCAUUAUCGUCUAAUUGCAUCGCCAGCGCCGCGGAGAGCGAAGUCGACUUCGAUGCUUGUGGCAUUUGGCGCGUCAACAAACGAGCCGCCAACGCGGACACCGCUACUAAAGAGCCAGAGUUCAAGUCGCAAAACCCACCCAACCAUCCAAAAACAGCAAACCGCCCACCCUUCCCCCUAUGCAGCAGCAGACCACUCAAAGAAACCAACCGCGAGCCGUUCCAUUCAUCAUUUUUCGUUUAGUGACGCGCGUGCCUCGUGCGGCCCAAAUCGACGGCUGUUGUUGUUAUUAUAUUUU